AUGGACUGGCAAAGUCAAAAAGAUUGUCUCGACAAACUCUACGAAGAUCCGCUUGCCAACGACAGUGAAAUCAUCCGAAUUUACGACAAAAUAAUCAAAGAAACAAACUUUACCACUUCCGACAAGGUCGUACAAUUUCUUAAUGAAAAAGCCGUUCUACUGCUCGAGCCCGAAUUGGUCGAAAUCUUGACAAGAAAUCGAAUGCAGUCACGCGCCUAUCUCCUAGUGGCCAACAAUUUAUUGAAUCUUGAAGACAUUAAAGACGACAAUGGCGAUGUCCUUGCGACGCUCGUUCCACCCAACAGUUUGCGGAAGCUUAAAAUCAACUUGGGUUUGGAGACGACAACCUCUUCCGCAGCAGCACAAUCCUUGCAGCUCCUUGCAAAACAAACUGAAACUAUAAAAUCAACUGCCACGCCCACCGACAUUGUGGAAAAUGCUCAUCCUCAGAAUGUCGAAGAAUCUGAUGGAAUAAAAUGUUUUUUUUACCGAUUGCCGUUAAAACAAAACGCAACAUUUUCUGGCGCUUCCUCCCUCAUCAACCGAUUUUCAUUUGGUGAACCCAACCGUAAUAUGGUAACAAAUUAUAAAACAAUUCUGCUGAUGGGCGCCACGGGAUCGGGAAAGACGACCAUGAUCAACGCCAUGAUCAAUUACGUCUUGGGUGUCGAAUGGGACGAUCCUUUCCGUUUCCUACUCAUCGACGAAGAUGUCAGAGGAGGGUCGCAAGCCAAUAGCCAAACCCAAGGUGUCACAGCUUACGACAUUCACCAUCAAAACGGAUUUCGCAUUCCUUACUCACUAAUCAUCGUCGAUAUGCCGGGAUUUGGAGACACCGGAGGAAUUGGACGCGACAAGGAAAUCACAUCAGCAGUUAAGCAAUUUUUUGAGCAUCAAAACGGCAUUCAGGAAUUGGAUGUAGUUGGUUUCGCUGUAAAAUCUUCAGACGCUCGACUUACCGUUUCGCAAAAUUACAUUUUCAAUUCUGUUUUGGCCAUUUUCGGCAAAGACGUCGAAGAUAAUAUUCGUUUUCUGGUCACCUUUUCCGACGGAAACCCACCCCUCGUCUUGGAGGCCAUCAAAGAGGCCAAACUUCCUUGUCUCAAGGAUACCAACGGGACCCCGUGCCAUCAGAACUUUAAUAACAUGGCCAUCUUGCCAUCACAAUCCUGUCCGAAUAACAAACGAUCCCAUUUUGAUUGGGUAGACGGAAUGAAGAACUUUAAGGAAUUUUUCAACGAGCUGUCGGAUAUGCCAACCAAAUCGCUUCAGAUGACUAAAGAAGUCUUGGAGAGUAGAAAAACCUUGGAGACCAAUGUGGAUAACAUGCAGAGGAACAUUGACGCCCAGCUUAUGAAGAUGGAGGAUUUGCGCAAGCAACAGGAAAUCGUCACGCUCAACAAAGAAAAAAUCGAUGCCAACCAGAAUUUCGAGACGACAGUUAAAGUACAAAAAAAGGUGAAAGUGCCUCUCGAUAACAACGUGACCGCCCUGAACUGCACUAAAUGCGGAGUUACGUGUCACUUUCCUUGUAAUAACAGAUUGUGGACAGGGUUUUGCCCUGCAUUUUGGAAAUCCGAAUCGAUCGCUGCAAUGAGUAUUGUAGCUGUCGUGAUCUCCACCACUACAAAUUUAUUAACUCAAGCUGUUCGCACGUGUCAAGUCUGCCCUGAAAAAUGUGUUCCAACUUUGCACAUAAACGAGGACAGCAGAUGGGAUUAUGAGCAGGUGGAAGAGACGGUCACGUUAGAAGAAAUGCUCAAAAAGUAUAAAGAGGCCAUGGAUAAGCAACCAGGUGCUGAAGGGAUACUGAAUAGUCUGCAAAGAGAUUAUGAUCAACUCCAAUCUGACAUUCUCAAGGCAAUCGAGGAAAUCACUCACUCUUCGAAUAGACUUAAGACCAUAGCGCUGCGAGGUGAUCCACUCACCACGCCCGAAUACAUUCAAAUGAUGAUCAAAAACGAAGAGGACAAUAGGAAACCUGGUUUCGAAGAGAGAAUCAAGAGUUUGAAGAUGGUACUCUACAAAGCCGAACUCACUAAGAAAUUUGUGGUUUAG